AUGGCACCACUCCUAGGGACGGAUGGGACUUGGGAUGGAGGGGCGACGUGCUCACCUUGCAAAGCGGGCAGUGACACAGCUCCUCUCAAAAGCAUUCUCUAUGUCGAUGCAUAUGACUCAUUCUCCUACAAUGUCGUCGCAAUGCUGGAAGAAACGCUCGGCGUCGAAGUCACCGUGAUGACGAUCGACUCCGACUGGCCGGACGGCAACAUUCACGAAUUUUUACGCCACUACGAAGCUAUCGUUCUUGGGCCUGGUCCAGGAAACCCGAAUCUUCCUAAGGAUGUCGGUAUUAUGCAAGAUAUCUGGAACCUGAAAGAUGCCGAAUUACUUCCGGUUUUCGGCAUCUGUCUUGGGUUUCAGAGUUUGUGCUUACAUCACGACACUCCUAUCGAGAGAUUACCCUACCCACUUCACGGGCAAGUCCGUCGGAUUCAGACGAAAGCCAAGGAUGUAUUCGAAAAUAUCUCCUCCCUGGAGGUGACUCUCUAUCAUUCACUCUAUGCGAAUCUCGAAAAAUCGAAUGGAUUGCAACAUUCGUCAUCUAAGGACUUGGACUUUUUGGCAUCUCUUUCCCUUGAAAAUGGCUCUGGUCCAAACACUCAGGUUCCUAUGGCUGUUCGUCAUUGCCGCAAGCCAUUUUGGGGUGUUCAAUUUCACCCUGAAUCAUGCAAGUCGGAAAAAGAAGCUUGCAAGACCUUGCUACGAAAUUGGUGGCAGCUCGCUCUGAAGUUCAACAAAGUCGUGGGACGAAAUGGAUACGGCCCGCUUCCUGAUGCAAUAAUCAGCCCCAAUGAGAACACUACGCCAUUUCCGAAUAUUGCGUACGAUAUGUUGAACUGGAGCCAUGCCACUUCUACCUGUUCCGCCUACCGAUCUCUGGCCCGAGCCAACUUGACUGCUGAAGCGAUAAGUGAUAUUUUCAACAGUCCGGGAUCUCCAACGGUGCUUUUUCAGUCCAAUGGACGAUAUAGCAUUGUCUCAGUUCCCAGCCCUGGGUCUUGGAGGUUAAAAUAUACGCUUGAAACUCAGAAGAUUAACAUACUCCAGCUCCAUGGGGAUAAGAAAGAAAUCGAAAAGAGCAUUAGCGUGGCCCAGCUAUGGGAUGCCUUGCGCUAUUUGAUGGUAAUGAAGAAAGUUGACUCUGGAAGUGCCGAAAUCCCUUUCUGGGGUGGCUUUCUGGGAUACUUCUCUUAUGAGCUAGGUCUCGCUUGUCUUCCCCAUUCGAUGAAGACAUCAGACUCAUCAUUGCUAUCCGAAAAUUCAAAAAAUUCGACCGAAUCCUCUGUCGACGACCCACCUGGCGUCAGUCUGCUCUGGUGUGAAAGAAGUAUUGUCAUUGACAACGAAGACGGAAAUGUUGUGGUUCAAUCAACUGUGGAAUCGGAUGAUUUGCCAGCAGGAUGGAUCGAUGAGGCCCUGCAGCAGUUACAGAAUCAUGCUCUCAACACGGCAGCUGGCCAAGAAGAUGAUUCUACCUUCCUGGACCCUAUUCUCCGCGAAGGCAUCAUGUCAACCCCUGAAGAAGCGACUUAUAAACAAAGGAUUGCAGCUUGUCAAGCAGAGCUCGAAGCCGGCGAAUCUUAUGAGCUUUGCCUCACUGGUGAGACAUCAAUAUCUCUACCAAUUCCAGCAAAAGAAACCGAUCGACUCGAGUUUCCCUGGAAGCUAUACAAGCGAUUGCGCAGGUACAACCCGGCAGCCUUCAGUGCUUUUAUGGACUUGGGCGAUACAAAGGUCAUCAGCAGCAGUCCGGAAUGCUUCCUGAAUUGGGACCGCGAUUCAACGUUGGAGAUGAAACCGAUGAAAGGCACUGUUCGGAAAACACCUGAAAUGACACUCGAAAAAGCCAAAGAAGUCCUCAGUUCAACGAAGGAAAUGGCCGAAAAUCUGAUGAUUGCCGACUUGAUCCGCCACGAUUUGUACGGUAUCUGUGGUUCUGGCGGUGUUCACGUUGAAAAGCUGCUCGAGGUUGAGGAUCAUGGCAGGGUCUAUCAAAUGAUUACCCAUGUUAAGGGCGAGGUUCGACCCGACAAGCUCGGGUGCUCUGUUCGGCACAUGCCUCAAUUGAGAACAUCUAAUAUGGCUGCCCAUGGACUCACGGCUCUUCAGCGAUGCUUGCCUCCUGGUUCUAUGACAGGGGCACCCAAGGAACGCUCCUGCAUGCAUCUCCAAACAAUCGAGGCGCGGAAGCGCGGAAUCUACUCUGGAGUGAUGGGCUAUCUUGACCUUGGCGGUGGCGGCAGCUUCUCGGUCUUGAUUCGCACUGCCUUUACUUCUGGCUCUGCUGUCAGUAAAGAGCCGAAAGAUAACAGUCGACAAAUCUGGCGGAUUGGUGCCGGGGGAGCCGUCACUACUCUCAGCACUGCUGAAGGCGAAUGGCAGGAGAUGCUGACCAAGCUACGCACUGUCCAAAACAUCUUCACUCCAUCUGACGUUUCUUUAUAG